UCCCAAAACCCAGUCCUUUAAAUCAAAAUUCGUUAUCUUCCAUACCCAUCUCUCUCUCUUUCUCUCUCUCACUCACUGUGAAAAAUGGCUCUGAGACCUAUCGAUAACGCUCUACCAAUUACACCUGAAAGGCCCAAAAAGCAAACGAAAGUUGCAUUACCAAUCCAAAAACAAUCUGAUGUUACUGUAAAUGACGAAAACAAAGCCCCAUUUCCACCAACAACUAUAGAUGCCACCAUUGAUUACAUCUCUUCUGAGAACCUCAAGCCCUUACCAGACCCCGAAAUCAAAAUCCAAAGCCUAGUUGAAGGGUUGGAGUCAAAGGAUUGGUUGAAGGUCUGUGACUCCCUGAAUAAUGCAAGGCGGUUCGCACUCUAUCAUUCCACUCUCUUGCUCCCCAUUUUGGAAAAAGUUAUGCUGGUGCUGGUGAAGGCAAUGAAGAACCCAAGAAGUGCUCUGUGCAAGACCUCUAUAAUGGCUUCAUCCGAUAUCUUUAGUGCCUUUGGUGAUCAGUUACUACUUGAACCCACCACUUCUGAUCCAUUUGACCACUUGCUGCUGCAACUACUGCUGAAAGCUUCUCAAGAUAAAAGGUUUGUGUGUGAAGAGGCAGACAAGGCACUCAAGGCAAUGGUGGGUUCGAUGACUCCUCUUCCUUUGCUCCAAAAGCUCGGGGCGUCUGUUAGCCAUUCCAACCUUAGGAUCAGGGCCAAAGCUGCAAUCUCUAUGUCUCACUGUGCUUCCAAAAUGGGGAUAGGAGCAAUUGAAGAAUUUGGGUUGGUUUCAUUGGUCCAACUUGCUGCGGAUUUGUUGAAUGACAGACUGCCCGAGGCCAGAGAAGCAGCUCGUAGUAUGGUGGCAUCGAUAUAUGAGAAAUUCACAGAGAAUGAAGAAGAGAAACUGGAGUCAUGGCAAGCCUUUUGCCAGUCCAAUUUAUCAGCUAUUCAUGCACAGUCCAUUGUUAAAGUUGUUUCGUCCCAGUAGUAUUGUGGUUAGUUGAAGUUACUAGUAGCAUUUGUUACAGCGCAGUACUAGUAGAACAUGUUUUUACAUUAAUUUAGGUUUAGUUUGAGAGAUAUAUGUACAAGAAGGAAGCAUUAUUUGUUCCAAUAACUUCCCCAUCUAUAUCAUUUGGCUUGAAUCAUUUCAGAACA